ACUGUCGCGUUGAGCAGUCGCUCCGCGCGCGAAUUUAAGUGCUGUGAUAUACAUGUAAUUGGUAACAAGACAACAUGUCAAAACUCAAGACCAUGCUUAAAAUCGGCGGCGGAGCCUUGCUGGUGGCGGCAAUAGUCGCGGUGUUCGUGGUCGCCACGCAGGGCCGCGAUCCCGACUUGGAAGCGCUCGAGCAUGAGGGCCGCGAAUAUGUCUUCCAACUAGACAAGGCCACGGGAAAGAGGAGGAACACUGUCAGUCUCGCCGAGUGGGCCUACACUUCAAAUAUAACGAAGGAAAAUGAGGAUAAAUGGAUCCAAGUCCGCCUAGAACAAGCCCAGGAAGAGAAACGCGCUUGGGAAGAGACAAAAAUGUAUAGAUGGCAAGAUUUCCAAGAUUUCACUCUACGAAGAAUGUUCAAGAAAUAUAGUCAACUUGGAGUGUCGGCGCUACCUGAUGAUAAGUACAAAUUGCUGAUGCGUUCAGUCUCAGGAAUGGAGGCUAACUACGCAACAGCUAAGAUCUGCUCUUUCAAGGACCCAACGAAAUGCGAUCUCGCUUUGGAACCCGAUAUCACAGAACUGUUUGCGAAGAAACAAGACCCUGAAGAGCUGAAGCAUCUAUGGGUGGAAUGGCAUAAGGCGGCUGGUUCAAAGGCACGUCCCAACUUCACCGAAUAUGUUAAUUUAUACAACGAGGCUGCUAAACUAAAUGAUUUCAAAGAUGUCGCUGAAUGGUGGCAAUCGGAAUAUGAAGUGGAUGACUUUGAAAAGCAACUAGCCAAGCUUUGGGAAGACGUGAAGCCUUUAUACCAGCAGCUACACGCUUAUGUAAGGAAACGUCUGAGAGACAAGUAUGGAGAUCACAUCGUGUCUGCCCGAGGACCGAUCCCAGCACAUUUGUUAGGUAAUAUGUGGGCCCAAACCUGGAGCAACAUAGAAUCCUUCACCCGUCCAUACCCAGAUAAAAAGGAAAUUGACAUCUCACAAGCCAUGAAGGAGCAGAACUUCACUGCUAUUAAGAUGUUCCAAAUGUCAGAUGAAUUCUUCAGGUCAUUAAACCUGACGGCAAUGCCCGAAAAGUUCUGGAAGAACUCGAUCAUUGAGAAACCGAGUGAUAGAGAGAUUGUGUGCCAUGCUUCAGCUUGGGACUUCUAUGAUGGUGAAGAUUUCAGGAUCAAAAUGUGUACAACGGUGAACAAAGAACAUUUUAGAACAGUGCAUCAUGAAAUGGGCCAUGUUCAGUAUUAUUUGCAGUAUAGACAUCUACCGUUCCUGUUUCGGGAGGGUGCUAAUCCAGGUUUCCACGAAGCGGUAGGAGAUACGAUUGCUCUUUCGGUAUCUUCACCAAAACAUUUGCGACGAGUUGGUCUUAGUACGGGUGAUGCAGAAGAUGAACAGACUGAAAUUAAUCAGCUCUAUAAAAUGGGUAUCGAUAAGAUUGUGUUCCUUCCAUUCGCCUACACCCUCGACAUGUUCCGUUACGGAGUCUUCCGUGGCACCACACCCCCUGAGGACUACAACUGCCAUUAUUGGAGACUCCGGGAGAUGCUGCAGGGUGUGGAACCGCCUGUUAACAGAACCGAGGAAGACUUCGAUGCUGCUGCUAAGUACCACGUUUCAGCCAAUGUUGAAUACGCCAGAUACUACGUAUCAUUUAUAAUCCAGUUCCAAUUCCACCGAGCGUUGUGUCAGCUCGCCGGUGAAUACGUUCCGGAGGAUCUCAAUAAGAAACUGGUGGACUGUGACAUUUACCAGAGCAUUGCUGCUGGAAACGCUUUGUCUAACAUGCUGAAAAUGGGAUCUUCAAAACCAUGGCCGGACGCGAUGGAAGCUCUUACUGGCCAACGACAGAUGAAGGCUGAUGGUCUGUUGGAGUACUUCAGACCACUGCAAGAAUGGCUUACGGCAGAGAACCAGCGCACCGGCGAAUAUAUUGGAUGGGAGCCUAGUAAAUCACAAUACUGUACAGCGGAGCAGCGAGCGGCGCUGAGCGCGAAAGAAGCUUCGAAGCCAGAAGCAAAGGAUCCGGCGGAGUCGAAGCAACCGAUGGUCAUGAAGAUCAUCGGAGAACUAGCCCUAGUGGGCGCCAUUGCGUCAGUCUUCGUGGUGGCAGCCAGAGGCAGAGCUGUGGAGAGGGCGGCUGAAGAAGCAGCGGGUAGGGACUACAUGAGAACACUCGACGAAAUCAUGUCCAAGGCGAAGAACAAGCUGUCUAUAGCCUCGUGGGACUACCAAUCUAACCUUACGAAGUUUAAUGAAGAUCGGCUGCUACAAAUAUCACUCGAACAAGCUGAAGAAAACAAGGAAUAUUGGAAAGAUACUAUGAGCUAUUUAUGGCAUGAGUACGAAGAUUUAGAUCUUAAGAGAAUGUUCGAGAAGUAUUCCAAACUUGGUACUUCUGCGUUACCUGAGGACUUGAAUGAGCGUCUCAUCAAUGCCAUCAAUAGUAUGCAGUCGACCUAUGCUAAAGCUACCAUUUGUGACUACAAUAACCGAACGAAGUGUGACCUUCAUGUCGAACCAGAGGUAACGAAUAUUUUCGCAACCAGCAAUGACCCUGAAGAAUUGAAGUACACGUGGUUGGAAUGGCACAAAGCAGCUGGAGCUGCAUCAAAGAAUGAUUUCACUGAGUAUGUCUUGAUGGACAACGAAGCCGCUAAAUUAAACGGAUACGACAGUGUAGCCGAAUAUUGGCUGAGUGAAUACGAGUCCACCGACAGUGAAGAGCAAUUCGCCAGUCUGUGGAUGCAAAUUAAGCCCCUGUACCAACAGAUACACGCCUACGUCAGAAGACAUUUAAGGCUAAAGUACGGAGAGAGCGUUGUAUCAGCUAGGGGACCUAUUCCGGCACAUUUGUUAGGUAACAUUUGGGCACAAACUUGGAACAACGUUGAGAAAUUCACUAGGCCGUAUCCCGAUAAACCUGAAGUCGAUAUUACUGCUGCAUUGAUUGCCCAGAACUACACGGCUUUGAAGAUGUUCAAGACUGCAGAGGAAUUCUUCACAUCAAUAAACCUGAGUCCCAUGCCAGAAAUCUUUUGGGAGAAGUCUAUUAUUGAGAAACCAGACGAUGGCCGGGAAUUAGUCUGCCAUGCUUCGGCUUGGGACUUCUUUGAUGGUGAAGAUUUUAGGAUUAAGCAGUGCACCACUAUCACUGACGCAUUCUUUAAGACAACUCAUCAUGAAAUGGGGCACAUCCAGUACUACAUCCAGUACAAAGAUCAACCAGUAAUUUACAGAGCAGGAGCCAAUCCAGGUUUCCAUGAGGCGGUGGGAGAUGUCAUUGCUUUGUCAGUAGCUACACCAAAGCACUUGAAAGUGAUGGGUCUCUUAGAAGACGGUCCUGAAGACCUCGAAUCUAACAUUAAUCAGCUGUAUAAAAUGGGAUUAGAAAAGAUUGUUUUCCUGCCUUUCGCUUAUCUACUUGACUUGUUCCGUUAUGGCGUCUUCCGCGGUAUCACUACGACUGAGGAUUAUAACUGUCAUUUCUGGCAAUUAAGAGAAUCUCUGCAAGGAGUUGAACCACCUGCACCUAGAUCUGAAGAUGACUUUGACCCUGCAGCCAAAUAUCAUGUUUCUGCUGAUGUUGAAUAUAUGAGGUACUAUAUCUCAUACAUCAUCCAGUUCCAAUUCCAUCGCGUGUUGUGCCAACUGGCCGGCGAGUACACUCCCGGGGACCCGAAUAAACUGCUUUCAACCUGCGACAUCUAUAAGAGUGCUGAGGCCGGCGAAGCUUUGGGCAAAAUGCUUCAACUUGGAUCUUCAAGACCUUGGCCUGAUGCAAUGGAAGCUUUGACUGGACAGCGUAAUAUGGAUGCCAGUGGUGUGCUGGAGUAUUUUGAACCGUUAUACGAUUGGCUUAAGGAAGAAAACAAAAGAACUGGAGAGUUUGUUGGCUGGGAACCUAGUACAGUCCCAUACUGCACAGCUGAACAAAGGUCAAUAAUGGAGGUGUCCGGUUUCAACGAAAAACUAAAGACGUACGGUUCAGCGGUCAGCUCUGACCAUUUUACCAUGAACUAUUUUUUUACUAAACAUCCCACAAUGUGGUUCCAAGUUAUUCUGGUGCUUUUGACAUAUUCUUCGGCCGAACCGCAGUUGGAUUUACCGCCAAUUUCAAGCACGCAGCGAAAUUAUGGUGGAUAUGGCUUGUUGUCUAGUACACCAGCGUCUAUUAACUCUCCUGGAAACCAGUACGACGUUAAUAGGAACUUUCAGUAUAGUUCUGCGAGGCCGGUAUCGUCAAGUCAAUCGCCUGGAGUGUACUCCGUUUCUUCCACCCCAUAUAGCAUAAAUCCCGAUAUAAGCAAUAACGGUUAUCCAAGUCUGGACUACGGGAAUGGUAGAAGUCCCAGUUCGACGUCUAGGCCUUACGAUGACAGAAUCCGGGAUGACUCGAUAGACGUAAAUAACGAUCCUAAUUUUAGGAGGAAUGAUCCUAAUUUCGUUCGUAAUGACCCUAAUUACGUCGGAGCGAAUCCUUAUGAUUUUAACAGGGGUGGUAAUGGGAAUACUUUGGAUGAAAGAGUGCCUCACGUGAAUAUACAGCAGAUAAGAGAUUUCUUGACACAGGCUGAUGAUCAGGCUUCGAAGGAAUGUACUAAUAAUGUUGCUGCCCAGUGGAACUUCGAGACUGAUGUCACCGAUGCUACGCAACAUGCAGCGUUGGAUGCCCAGCAACGCUACACGCUGUUCCAACGAGGGUUAUGGGAAGCCGCCCAGCAGAUACCGCGAGGAGUCAUCAGAGACUUCCCCACCUUCAGACAAUUAAGAUUAUUGAGCAUCAUUGGACCUGCCGCAUUACCUCCAGAUCAACUUGACAGAUACAAUCGCAUCAUCAACGACAUGCUCGCCGUCUACAACACCGCUGAGAUCUGCGCUUACAACGAACCCUUCAAAUGUGGCCUACACUUACAACCUGAACUCCAACACAUCAUGUCUCAUUCUCGGGAUUGGGACGAGCUUCAACAUAUCUGGACUGAGUGGAGAAGAAACACUGGUAGACGAGUCAGGGAUCUGUAUGAACAGCUUGUUGAUCUAACCAAUCAGGCCGCGAGAUUGAAUAAUUUCACUGACGCUUCCGCGUACUGGAUGUUCCCGUACGAGACGUCCAAUAUGAGACAGGAAGUAGACGAAGUUUGGGAACAGGUAAAACCACUGUACGAACUCCUCCACGCAUACGUCCGUCGUCGUCUCCGGGAAGCCUACGGUCCUGAACGUAUCUCCCGCUCAGCUCCACUACCGGCCCACAUCCUCGGUGACAUGUGGGGUCAGAGCUGGUCUGGGAUCGUACCAGUCACCCUGCCUUACCCAGGAAAAACAUUAGUCGAUGUAACUCCUGAAAUGGUUCAACAGGGCUACACUCCGCUUACAAUCUUCCAACUGGCCGAAGAGUUCUUCGUGUCAAUGAACAUGUCUGCGAUGCCACAUGACUUCUGGGCACUGAGCGCACUCCAACAACCCACAGACAGACACAUACACUGUCAACCCUCGGCUUGGGACUUUUGUAAUAGACAUGACUAUAGAAUCAAAAUGUGCACCCACGUCGACAUGAAGGACUUGGUGACAGCUCACCACGAGAUGGCUCACAUUGAAUAUUUCCUGGCGUACAGAAACUUACCUAAAGUGUUCCGCGAUGGAGCCAACCCAGGUUUUCACGAAGCCAUCGGAGAAACCAUUGCCUUAUCCGUCUCAUCUCCUCGUCACUUACAAACCUUGGGGCUCGUUCAACGCUCAGUGGACGACACCGCUCAUGAUAUAAACUACCUGUUUACGCAAGCCAUGGACAAGCUAGCCUUCUUACCGUUUGCUCUCGUGAUGGAUCGGUGGCGCUGGGACGUCUUCACUGGAGAUGUUAGGAAAGAACAAUACAACUGUCAUUGGUGGAGACUGAGGGAGCAGUACCAGGGCAUCAAACCUCCUGUCUUGAGAUCCGAGUUGGACUUCGAUCCCGGUUCGAAAUACCACAUUCCUGCCAACAUUCCGUAUAUAAGGUAA